CGAAACCGGGUCGGUCAAAACACCGAAAUGUAACAGCCCGAUCCUUGUGUGGGGGAGUAAUGCGGACACACGCCUGCGCCUGCAACAAUUCAUUUCUCUUCUCUCUACUCUCUGACUCUUAUCUCUCAUAGCUCAUAGAUCUUCUCAACAGAAGAAGAAGGAGCUUAAAUAAUCUUCAGAACCUCAAUAGAUAGUGACACAAAAGAAUGGGGCUAGGGUUAUUAGCUUCAAGGCUUAUCAAACCUCGCACAUCAAACCCUAGAAACCACCUCUUUCUCCUCCGUUCCAUUGUAACCAAACCCGAACUCCAAUCGCCCGAAUCAUCCGCAGCAGCAGCUGCAGCAGAGCCCAUACCAGAUCUUGGACCUCCACGAACACCAGUGGGAGGCGCGCGAGUGCACUUCCCGAACCCGGAGGAUGCGAUUGAAGUAUUUGUGGAUGGAUAUCCGGUUAAAAUCCCAAAAGGGAUGACGGUGUUACAAGCGUGUGAAGUAGCAGGUGUAGACAUUCCUAGAUUCUGUUACCACAGUAGACUCUCUAUUGCUGGUAACUGCCGUAUGUGUCUUGUUGAAGUUGAGAAAUCUCCUAAACCUGUCGCUUCUUGUGCUAUGCCCGCUCUUCCUGGAAUGAAGAUCAAGACUGACACACCUUUGGCAAAGAAGGCACGUGAAGGGGUGAUGGAGUUUUUGCUAAUGAAUCAUCCUUUGGAUUGUCCAAUUUGUGAUCAAGGUGGAGAGUGUGAUCUUCAGGAUCAGUCUAUGGCUUUUGGAUCUGACCGUGGCCGCUUCACUGAAAUGAAGCGAUCUGUGGUUGACAAGAACCUUGGUCCUUUGGUGAAGACUGUGAUGACUCGUUGUAUUCAGUGCACAAGAUGUGUCAGAUUUGCAACAGAAGUUGCUGGAGUCCAGGAUCUUGGCAUGCUAGGUCGUGGCAGUGGAGAAGAAAUUGGGACUUAUGUUGAAAAGCUCAUGACAAGUGAACUUUCUGGAAAUGUGAUAGAUAUUUGUCCUGUUGGAGCCCUCACCUCAAAGCCUUUUGCGUUUAAAGCCCGAAACUGGGAGUUGAAAGGGACGGAGAGCAUUGAUGUCACUGAUGCGGUUGGAUCCAACAUUCGGAUUGAUAGCAGAGGACCAGAGGUCAUGCGCAUUGUUCCACGGCUAAAUGAGGACAUUAAUGAAGAAUGGAUAUCAGAUAAGACUCGGUUUUGUUAUGAUGGUUUGAAGAGGCAGAGGCUAAAUGAUCCCAUGAUUCGUGGUGCUGAUGGACGCUUUAAAGCUGUGAGCUGGCGUGAUGCUUUAGCUGUAGUUGCAGAGGUUAUGCAUCAAGUUAAACCAGAGGAAAUUGUUGGAGUUGCUGGAAAGUUGUCUGAUGCUGAAUCAAUGAUGGCUCUGAAAGACUUCUUAAACAAAAUGGGAUCGGAUAAUGUGUGGUGUGAAGGAAAUGGCCCAAGCCCAAAUGCUGAUCUACGAUCUGGAUAUAUCAUGAAUAGCAGCAUAAGUGGUCUUGAGAAGGCAGACGUAUUCCUUUUGGUUGGCACCCAGCCUAGAGUGGAAGCUGCCAUGGUAAAUGCAAGAAUUCGCAAGACAGUCCGUGCAACCAAUGCUAAGGUUGGUUACAUUGGCCCUCCCACUGAUUUCAACUAUGACUCUGAGCAUCUUGGCACUGACCCUCAAACUCUUCUUGAAAUUGCUGAGGGUCGUCAUCCCUUCUUCUCAACAAUCUUAAAUGCCAAAAACCCGGCAAUCAUUGUUGGUGCUGGAAUCUUUGAGAGAACAGACAAGGAUGCAAUUUUUUCUGCAGUAGAAGCCAUUGCUAAAAAGGGGAAUGUUGUUCGACCUGACUGGAAUGGGUUCAAUGUGUUACUUCUCAAUGCUGCCCAAGCUGCAGCCCUUGACCUUGGACUUGUACCAGAAUCUGGCAAGAGUAUUGAGUCUGGCAAGUUUGUGUAUUUGAUGGGCGCUGACGACGUGAACUUGGACAAGCUGCCAAAUGAUGCCUUUGUAGUUUACCAGGGGCACCAUGGGGACCGUGGUGUGUAUCGAGCCAAUGUCAUUUUGCCAGCAUCAGCAUUUAGUGAAAAGGAAGGGACUUAUGUAAAUACAGAAGGAUGUGCACAACUAACUUUGCCUGCAGUUCCGACGGUCGGUGAUGCUAGGGAUGAUUGGAAGAUAAUUCGGGCUCUCUCUGAGGUAUCAGGGGCACGCUUGCCCUAUGAUUCACUUGGGGCUAUCCGUUCCCGCAUGAGGACUGUGGCACCAAACCUCUUAAGCAUAGAUGAGAGAGAGCCAGCUAUUUUUGGAGCUUCACUGAAGCCUGAGUGCACCCAGAAGAUGAGUUCAACUCCAUUCAAGUCUGCGGUAGAGAAUUUUUACAUGACUGAUGCAAUUACCAGGGCGUCAAAGAUAAUGGCACAAUGCAGUGCACUUCUAUCAAAGAAGUGAGUACUGGAUUUUGAAUUUUUUAAUAAAUUGCAGAUUGACUUUUCUUUGAAUCUUCAUUAAGCUAUGUGAGGCCCUGUUUGGCCGAGGGCGAAACUUCUGGAACAUCUAAUAAAGUUAUUUUAGGUUCUGCUUGUUUCACUGUAACAUCGCUACAAAUGUAAAAGCAUUUUCCCUGUAAACUCUGUAAAAAUCUGGGGACUUCCUCAUUUGUUACUA